AUGCUUGUUGGGGAGGCUGAACAUUGGUGGAGAGACACCUAUCAGAUGCUUGCCGCUAGAGGAGUCACAGUUGAUUGGGAGUGCUUCAGGACAGUGUUCAUGGAGAAGUACUUCCCUGAAAGUGUGAGACACGCUAAGGAGGCUGAGUUUAUGAGGUUACACCAGGGAGGGAUGACGAAAUUUGCUGAUGGGUUGAGAUAUGAGUUGAGGAGGGUGGUGGUGCCUAUGGCUAUCACUGAGUUCCCGGCCUUAGUGGAGAAGGCAAAGGUGGUGGAGCGGUUGGAAGGUGGUAACCGUGCUAUGAGAAUUGCUGGGGGGCCAUGUGGGUCUAAGAAGGGUGAGAGUCAGAGGAAGCCAUAUGACAGGCCCCAGUCACAGCAAGGGGGUUCUGUUGCUCGGCAAUCUUCCAGUGCUGCUAGUGGAGGUAGACAGAGUGGAGGUGCCGCUCUGAGAUGUUACAGGUGUGCCGGACCCCACUUUGUCAAGGACUAUCCACACACGGAGAGCUGCUAUUUUCGAUGUCAUCAGAUGGGCCACGAGUCGUCCAACUGUCCCACUAGGAGUAGACCUGAGAGGAGCACUCAGAGGAGUGAUGGGCAGAGGGCUGAGACUCAGAGGAGUAGUGCACAGAGAGUUGAUACUCAGAGGGGUGAUAGACCCACUACUGUUGGUAGGGUGUUUGCUUUGACAGUGUCUACGCCCGCUUCUGCUUCUGUGAUUGCUUCUGAAUUGUGUGUGGGUUGCCCGGUUGUGGUGAAUGAGAAGAAGUACAAGAUGGGCCACGAGUCGUCCAACUGUCCCACUAGGAGUAGACCUGAGAGGAGCACUCAGAGGAGUGAUGGGCAGAGGGCUGAGACUCAGAGGAGUAGUGCACAGAGAGUUGAUACUCAGAGGGGUGAUAGACCCACUACUGUUGGUAGGGUGUUUGCUUUGACAGUGUCUACGCCCGCUUCUGCUUCUGUGAUUGCUUCUGAAUUGUGUGUGGGUUGCCCAGUUGUGGUGAAUGAGAAGAAGUACAAGGAGGAGGAUGAGCUGUUGAUCUCAGCUGGCCAGGCUGAGUCAUUAUUGAGAGACGGAGCAGAGUGUUGUCUUCUGCUUGCUGCUAUGAGUGUGGAAACCGAGAGGGUUUUAGCUGAUAUCGAUGUGGUGAGGGAGUAUGCCGAGGUGUUCCCUGACGAGGUGCCUGGGUUGCCUCCUGGUCAAUUGGAGGACUUGUUGGAAAAGCAGUUGGUGCAACCGAGUGUUUCGCGGUGGGGUGCUCCCGUGUUGUUGGUAAAGAAGAAGGAUGGGGGUAGUCGAAUAGCAGGGAUAGGUAGGUGUCUGGUGGGGAGUCUCCGUCGGACCCGUGGAGGAGGUUAG